AUGGUUCCCGAGCUUGCACAGAAGGUACUCGAGGAGUACACCAACUGCAGGGAGCUCGAGCAAUUCGAGCUUAGCCAACUGCAAGGCCUAGGCCGUGGGUACUCCACUGUAACCUUCAAGGUCACGGGCUUCCCGGCACAGACGCUGUUUUUCCGCAACUCAUUGCAGGUUCGUGUGGCGCUUGCCGACCUGUUUGGGGAUCCCCGCAAUGCACCGGGGUUCGUUCUGAAGCCGCGGGAGGACUAUGACCCUGAAACCAAGGAGAGGAGGUACACCACGCCGGAGACGGGGACAUGGUGGCAUGAGGCGCAGGUGAGGGACAUAGGAGAGGGACAGAGGUGGGCGGACAGAGGAGAGGAGGUGAGGGACAGAGGUGGGCGGACAGAGGAGAGGAGGUGUGAGAUAUUCACCGCCAUGCUCCUCCUUGCUCCACCCCUGCACUUAUUCCCCUUUCCCCCCCCUACCAUCCCCAUGAUUGUCUCUAUAACUAUCGGCCAGGAGAGGGACAGAGGUGAGGGACAGAGGAGAGGGACAGAGGUGGGCGGACAGAGGAGAGGAGGUGUGAGAUAUUCACCGCCAUGCUCCUCCUUGCUUCACCCCUGCACUUAUUCCCCCUUCCCCCCCUACCAUCCCCAUGCUUGUCUCUAUAACUAUCGGCCAGGAGAGGGACAGAGGUGGGCGGACAGAGGAGAGGAGGUGAGGGACAGAGGUGAGGGACAGAGGAGAGGGACAGAGGUGGGCGGACAGAGGAGAGGAGGUGUGAGAUAUUCACCGCCAUGCUCCUCCUUGCUUCACCCCUGCACUUAUUCCCCCUUCCCCCCCUACCAUCUCCAUGCUUGUCUCUAUAACUAUCGGCCAGGAGAGGGACAGAGGUGGGCGGACAGAGGAGAGGAGGUGAGGGACAGAGGAGAGGGACAGAGGUGGGCGGACAGAAGAGAGGAGGUGUCAGAUAUUCACCGCCAUGCUCCUCCUUGCUUCACCCCUGCACUUAAUCCCCCCUCCCCCCCUACCAUCCCCAUGCUUGUCUCUCUAAACAUCGGCCAGGUGAGGGACAGAGGUGGGCGGACAGAGGAGAGGAGGAGAGGGACAGAGGUGGGCGGACAGAGGAGAGGAGGUGUGAGAUAUUCACCGCCAUGCUCCACCCCUGCACUUAUUCCGCCCUCCCCCUAUACCAUCCCCAUGCUUGUCUCUCUAAACAUCGGCCAGGUGAGGGACAGAGGUGGGCGGACAGAGGAGAGGAGGUGUGAGAUAUUCACCGCCAUGCUCCACCCCUGCACUUAUUCCCCCUUCCCCCCCUACCAUCCCCAUGCUUGUCUCUAUAACUAUCGGCCAGGAGAGGGACAGAGCCAGGUGAGGGACAGAGGUGAGGGACAGAGGAGAGGGACAGAGGUGGGCGGACAGAGGAGAGGAGGUGUGAGAUAUUCACCGCCAUGCUCCUCCUUGCUCCACCCCUGCACUUAUUCUCCCUUUCCCCCCUACCAUCCCCAUGCUUGUCUCUAUAACUAUCGGCCAGGAGAGGGACAGAGGUGGGCGGACAGAGGAGAGGAGGUGAGGGACAGAGGUGAGCGACAGAGGUGGGCGGACAGAGGAGAGGAGGUGAGGGACAGAGGUGGGCGGACAGAGGAGAGGAGGAGAGGGACAGAGGUGGGCGGACAGAGGAGAGGAGGUGUGAGAUAUUCACCGCCAUGCUCCUCCUUGCUUCACCCCUGCACUUAUUCCCCCUUCCCCCCCUACCAUCCCCAUGCUUGUCUCUAUAACUAUCGGCCAGGAGAGGGACAGAGGAGAGGGACAGAGGUGGGCGGACAGAGGAGAGGAGGUGUGAGAUAUUCACCGCCAUGCUCCUCCUUGCUCCACCCCUGCAUUUAUUCCCCCUUCCCGCCCUACCAUCCCCAUGCUUGUCUCUAUAACUAUCGGCCAGGAGAGGGACAGAGGAGAGGGACAGAGGUUGGCGGACAGAGGAGAGGAGGUGUGAGAUAUUCACCGCCAUGCUCCUCCUUGCUUGUCCCCUGCACUUAUUCCCCCCUCCCCCUAUACCAUCCCCAUGCUUGUCUCUCUAAACAUCGGCAAGGAGAGGGACAGAGGUGGGCGGACAGAGGAGAGGAGGUGCUGGCCACCCUCUCUGCCAUCUCAUGUGCUCACCACUCUCUCUGCCAUCUCAUGUGCUCACCACUCUCUUUGCCAUCUCAUGUGCUCACCACUCUCUCUGCCAUCUCAUGUGCUCACCACUCUCUUUGCCAUCUCAUGUGCUCACCAAUCUCUCUGCCAUCUCAUGUGCUCACCACUCUCUCUGCCAUCUCAUGUGCUCACCACACUCUCUGCCAUCCCAUGUGCUCACCACUCUCUUUGCCAUCUCAUGUGCUCACCACUCUCUCUGCCAUCUCAUGUGCUCACCACUCUCUCUGCCAUCCCAUGUGCUCACCACUCUCUCUGCCAUCUCAUGUGCUCACCACUCUCUUUGCCAUCUCAUGUGCUCACCACUCUCUCUGCCAUCUCAUGUGCUCACCACUCUCUUUGCCAUCUCAUGUGCUCACCACUCUCUCUGCCAUCUCAUGUGCUCACCACUCUCUCUGCCAUCUCAUGUGCUCACCACUCUCUCUGCCAUCUCAUCCACCCUCUCUGCCAUCUCAUGUGCUCACCACUCUCUCUGCCAUCCCAUGUGCUCACCACUCUCUCUGCCAUCUCAUGUGCUCACCACUCUCUCUGCCAUCCCAUGUGCUCACCACUCUCUUUGCCAUCUCAUGUGCUCACCACUCUCUCUGCCAUCUCAUGUGCUCACCACUCUCUCUGCCAUCCCAUGUGCUCACCACUCUCUCUGCCAUCUCAUGUGAUUACCACUCUCUUUGCCAUCUCAUGUGCUCACCACUCUCUCUGCCAUCUCAUGUGCUCACCACUCUCUUUGCCAUCUCAUGUGCUCACCACUCUCUCUGCCAACUCAUGUGCUCACCACUCUCUCUGCCAUCUCAUGUGCUCACCACUCUCUCUGCCAUCUCAUGUGCUCACCACCCUCUCUGCCAUAUCAUGCCUACCCGUCCCCUUCCCCUCCCCUCCAAUGCGCCCCCCUACUCCACUAAUAAGCCACCCUUUCUGCCAUCUCAUGUGCUCACCACUCUCUCUGCCAUCCCAUGUGCUCACCACUAUCUCUGCCAUCUCAUGUGCCCACCACUCUCUCUGCCAUCCCAUGUGCUCACCACUCUCUUUGCCAUCUCAUGUGCUCACCACUCUCUCUGCCAUCUCAUGUGCUCACCACUCUCUCUGCCAUCCCAUGUGCUCACCACUGUCUCUGCCAUCUCAUGUGCUCACCACUCUCUUUGCCAUCUCAUGUGCUCACAACUCUCUCUGCCAUCUCAUGUGAUCACCACUCUCUUUGCCAUCUCAUGUGCUCACCACUCUCUCUGCCAUCUCAUGUGCUCACCACUCUCUCUGCCAUCCCAUGUGCUCACCACUCUCUUUGCCAUCUCAUGUGCUCACCACUCUCUCUGCCAUCUCAUGUGCUCACCACUCUCUCUGCCAUCCCAUGUGCUCACCACUCUCUUUGCCAUCUCAUGUGAUCACCACUCUCUUUGCCAUCUCAUGUGCUCACCACUCUCUCUGCCAUCUCAUGUGCUCACCACUCUCUUUGCCAUCUCAUGUGCUCACCACUCUGUUUGCCAUCUCAUGUGCUCACCACUCUCUCUGCCAUCUCAUGUGCUCACCACUCUUUCUGCCAUCUCAUGUGCUCACCACCCUCUCCGCCAUAUCAUGCCUACCCGUCCCCUUCCCCUCCCCUCCAAUGCGCCCCCCUACUCCACUAAUAAGCCACCCUCUCUGCCAUCUCAUGUGCUCACCACUCUCUCUGCCAUCUCAUGUGCUCACCACUAUCUCUGCCAUCUCAUGUGCCCACCACUCUCUCUGCCAUCCCAUGUGCUCACCACUCUCUUUGCCAUCUCAUGUGCUCACCACUCUCUCUGCCAUCUCAUGUGCUCACCACUCUCUCUGCCAUCCCAUGUGCUCACCACUCUCUCUGCCAUCUCAUGUGCUCACCACUCUCUCUGCCAUCUCAUGUGCUCACCACUCUCUCUGCCAUCCCAUGUGCUCACCACUCUCUCUGCCAUCUCAUGUGCUCACCACUCUCUUUGCCAUCUCAUGUGCUCACCACUCUCUCUGCCAUCUCAUGUGCUCACCACUCUCUUUGCCAUCUCAUGUGCUCACCACUCUCUCUGCCAUCUCAUGUGCUCACCACUCUCUCUGCCAUCUCAUCCACCCUCUCUGCCAUCUCAUGUGCUCACCACUCUCUCUGCCAUCCCAUGUGCUCACCACUCUCUCUGCCAUCUCAUGUGCUCACCACUCUCUCUGCCAUCCCAUGUGCUCACCACUCUCUUUGCCAUCUCAUGUGCUCACCACUCUCUCUGCCAUCUCAUGUGCUCACCACUCUCUCUGCCAUCCCAUGUGCUCACCACUCUCUCUGCCAUCUCAUGUGAUUACCACUCUCUUUGCCAUCUCAUGUGCUCACCACUCUCUCUGCCAUCUCAUGUGCUCACCACUCUCUUUGCCAUCUCAUGUGCUCACCACUCUCUCUGCCAACUCAUGUGCUCACCACUCUCUCUGCCAUCUCAUGUGCUCACCACUCUCUCUGCCAUCUCAUGUGCUCACCACCCUCUCUGCCAUAUCAUGCCUACCCGUCCCCUUCCCCUCCCCUCCAAUGCGCCCCCCUACUCCACUAAUAAGCCACCCUUUCUGCCAUCUCAUGUGCUCACCACUCUCUCUGCCAUCCCAUGUGCUCACCACUAUCUCUGCCAUCUCAUGUGCCCACCACUCUCUCUGCCAUCCCAUGUGCUCACCACUCUCUUUGCCAUCUCAUGUGCUCACCACUCUCUCUGCCAUCUCAUGUGCUCACCACUCUCUCUGCCAUCCCAUGUGCUCACCACUGUCUCUGCCAUCUCAUGUGCUCACCACUCUCUUUGCCAUCUCAUGUGCUCACAACUCUCUCUGCCAUCUCAUGUGAUCACCACUCUCUUUGCCAUCUCAUGUGCUCACCACUCUCUCUGCCAUCUCAUGUGCUCACCACUCUCUCUGCCAUCCCAUGUGCUCACCACUCUCUUUGCCAUCUCAUGUGCUCACCACUCUCUCUGCCAUCUCAUGUGCUCACCACUCUCUCUGCCAUCCCAUGUGCUCACCACUCUCUUUGCCAUCUCAUGUGAUCACCACUCUCUUUGCCAUCUCAUGUGCUCACCACUCUCUCUGCCAUCUCAUGUGCUCACCACUCUCUUUGCCAUCUCAUGUGCUCACCACUCUGUUUGCCAUCUCAUGUGCUCACCACUCUCUCUGCCAUCUCAUGUGCUCACCACUCUUUCUGCCAUCUCAUGUGCUCACCACCCUCUCCGCCAUAUCAUGCCUACCCGUCCCCUUCCCCUCCCCUCCAAUGCGCCCCCCUACUCCACUAAUAAGCCACCCUCUCUGCCAUCUCAUGUGCUCACCACUCUCUCUGCCAUCCCAUGUGCUCACCACUAUCUCUGCCAUCUCAUGUGCCCACCACUCUCUCUGCCAUCCCAUGUGCUCACCACUCUCUUUGCCAUCUCAUGUGCUCACCACUCUCUCUGCCAUCUCAUGUGCUCACCACUCUCUCUGCCAUCCCAUGUGCUCACCACUCUCUCUGCCAUCUCAUGUGCUCACCACUCUCUUUGCCAUCUCAUGUGCUCACCACUCUCUCUGCCAUCUCAUGUGCUCACCACUCUCUUUGCCAUCUCAUGUGCUCACCACUCUCUCUGCCAUCUCAUGUGCUCACCACUCUCUCUGCCAUCUCAUGUGCUCACCACUCUCUCUGCCAUCCCAUGUGCUCACCACUCUCUUUGCCAUCUCAUGUGCUCACCAAUCUCUCUGCCAUCUCAUGUGCUCACCACUCUCUCUGCCAUCCCAUGUGCUCACCACUCUCUCUGCCAUCUCAUGUGCUCACCACUCUCUUUGCCAUCUCAUGUGCUCACCACUCUCUCUGCCAUCUCAUGUGCUCACCACUCUCUUUGCCAUCUCAUGUGCUCACCACUCUCUCUGCCAUCUCAUGUGCUCACCACUCUCUAUGCCAUCUCAUGUGCUCACCACUCUCUUUGCCAUCUCAUGUGCUCACCACUCUCUCUGCCAUCUCAUGUGCUCACCACUCUCUCUGCCAUCUCAUGUGCUCACCACUCUCUCUGCCAUCUCAUCCACCCUCUCUGCCAUCUCAUGUGCUCACCACUCUCUCUGCCAUCCCAUGUGCUCACCACUCUCUCUGCCAUCUCAUGUGCCCACCACUCUCUCUGCCAUCCCAUGUGCUCACCACUCUCUUUGCCAUCUCAUGUGCUCACCACUCUCUCUGCCAUCUCAUGUGCUCACCACUCUGUUUGCCAUCUCAUGUGCUCACCACUCUCUCUGCCAUCUCAUGUGCUCACCACUCUCUCUGCCAUCUCAUCCACCCUCUCUGCCAUCUCAUGUGCACACCACUCUCUCUGCCAUCCCAUGUGCUCACCACUAUCUCUGCCAUCUCAUGUGCCCACCACUCUCUCUGCCAUCCCAUGUGCUCACCACUCUCUUUGCCAUCUCAUGUGCUCACCACUCUCUCUGCCAUCUCAUGUGCUCACCACUCUCUCUGCCAUCCCAUGUGCUCACCACUCUCUCUGCCAUCUCAUGUGCUCACCACUCUCUUUGCCAUCUCAUGUGCUCACCACUCUCUCUGCCAUCUCAUGUGCUCACCACUCUCUCUGCCAUCUCAUGUGCUCACCACUCUCUCUGCCAUCCCAUGUGCUCACCACUGUCUCUGCCAUCUCAUGUGCUCACCACUCUCUUUGCCAUCUCAUGUGCUCACAACUCUCUCUGCCAUCUCAUGUGAUCACCACUCUCUUUGCCAUCUCAUGUGCUCACCACUCUCUCUGCCAUCUCAUGUGCUCACCACUCUCUCUGCCAUCCCAUGUGCUCACCACUCUCUUUGCCAUCUCAUGUGCUCACCACUCUCUCUGCCAUCUCAUGUGCUCACCACUCUCUCUGCCAUCCCAUGUGCUCACCACUCUCUUUGCCAUCUCAUGUGAUCACCACUCUCUUUGCCAUCUCAUGUGCUCACCACUCUCUCUGCCAUCUCAUGUGCUCACCACUCUCUUUGCCAUCUCAUGUGCUCACCACUCUGUUUGCCAUCUCAUGUGCUCACCACUCUCUCUGCCAUCUCAUGUGCUCACCACUCUUUCUGCCAUCUCAUGUGCUCACCACCCUCUCCGCCAUAUCAUGCCUACCCGUCCCCUUCCCCUCCCCUCCAAUGCGCCCCCCUACUCCACUAAUAAGCCACCCUCUCUGCCAUCUCAUGUGCUCACCACUCUCUCUGCCAUCCCAUGUGCUCACCACUAUCUCUGCCAUCUCAUGUGCCCACCACUCUCUCUGCCAUCCCAUGUGCUCACCACUCUCUUUGCCAUCUCAUGUGCUCACCACUCUCUCUGCCAUCUCAUGUGCUCACCACUCUCUCUGCCAUCCCAUGUGCUCACCACUCUCUCUGCCAUCUCAUGUGCUCACCACUCUCUUUGCCAUCUCAUGUGCUCACCACUCUCUCUGCCAUCUCAUGUGCUCACCACUCUCUUUGCCAUCUCAUGUGCUCACCACUCUCUCUGCCAUCUCAUGUGCUCACCACUCUCUCUGCCAUCUCAUGUGCUCACCACUCUCUCUGCCAUCCCAUGUGCUCACCACUCUCUUUGCCAUCUCAUGUGCUCACCAAUCUCUCUGCCAUCUCAUGUGCUCACCACUCUCUCUGCCAUCCCAUGUGCUCACCACUCUCUCUGCCAUCUCAUGUGCUCACCACUCUCUUUGCCAUCUCAUGUGCUCACCACUCUCUCUGCCAUCUCAUGUGCUCACCACUCUCUUUGCCAUCUCAUGUGCUCACCACUCUCUCUGCCAUCUCAUGUGCUCACCACUCUCUAUGCCAUCUCAUGUGCUCACCACUCUCUUUGCCAUCUCAUGUGCUCACCACUCUCUCUGCCAUCUCAUGUGCUCACCACUCUCUCUGCCAUCUCAUCCACCCUCUCUGCCAUCUCAUGUGCUCACCACUCUCUCUGCCAUCCCAUGUGCUCACCACUCUCUCUGCCAUCUCAUGUGCUCACCACUCUCUUUGCCAUCUCAUGUGCUCACCACUCUCUCUGCCAUCUCAUGUGCUCACCACUCUCUCUGCCAUCUCAUGUGCUCACCACUCUCUCUGCCAUCUCAUGUGCUCACCACCCUCUCUGCCAUAUCAUGCCUACCCGUCCCCUUCCCCUCCCCUCCAAUGCACCCCCCUACUCCACUAAUAAGCCACCCUCUCUGCCAUCUCAUGUGCUCACCACUCUCUCUGCCAUCCCAUGUGCUCACCACUAUCUCUGCCAUCUCAUGUGCCCACCACUCUCUCUGCCAUCCCAUGUGCUCACCACUCUCUUUGCCAUCUCAUGUGCUCACCACUCUCUCUGCCAUCUCAUGUGCUCACCACUCUCUCUGCCAUCCCAUGUGCUCACCACUCUCUCUGCCAUCUCAUGCGCUCACCACUCUCUUUGCCAUCUCAUGUGCUCACCACUCUCUCUGCCAUCUCAUGUGAUCACCACUCUCUUUGCCAUCUCAUGUGCUCACCACUCUCUCUGCCAUCUCAUGUGCUCACCACUCUCUCUGCCAUCCCAUGUGCUCACCACUCUCUUUGCCAUCUCAUGUGCUCACCACUCUCUCUGCCAUCUCAUGUGCUCACCACUCUCUCUUCCAUUCCAUGUGCUCACCACUCUCUUUGCCAUCUCAUGUGAUCACCACUCUCUUUGCCAUCUCAUGUGCUCACCACUCUCUCUGCCAUCUCAUGUGCUCACCACUCUCUUUGCCAUCUCAUGUGCUCACCACUCUGUUUGCCAUCUCAUGUGCUCACCACUCUCUCUGCCAUCUCAUGUGCUCACCACUCUCUCUGCCAUCUCAUCCACCCUCUCUGCCAUCUCAUGUGCACACCACUCUCUCUGCCAUCCCAUGUGCUCACCACUAUCUCUGCCAUCUCAUGUGCCCACCACUCUCUCUGCCAUCCCAUGUGCUCACCACUCUCUUUGCCAUCUCAUGUGCUCACCACUCUCUCUGCCAUCUCAUGUGCUCACCACUCUCUCUGCCAUCCCAUGUGCUCACCACUCUCUCUGCCAUCUCAUGUGCUCACCACUCUCUUUGCCAUCUCAUGUGCUCACCACUCUCUCUGCCAUCUCAUGUGCUCACCACUCUCUUUGCCAUCUCAUGUGCUCACCACUCUCUCUGCCAUCUCAUGUGCUCACCACUCUCUCUGCCAUCUCAUGUGCUCACCACUCUCUCUGCCAUCCCAUGUGCUCACCACUCUCUUUGCCAUCUCAUGUGCUCACCAAUCUCUCUGCCAUCUCAUGUGCUCACCACUCUCUCUGCCCUCUCAUGUGCUCACCACUCUCUCUGCCAUCUCAUGUGCUCACCACACUCUUUGCCAUCUCAUGUGCUCACCACUCUCUCUGCCAUCUCAAGUGCUCACCACUCUCUUUGCCAUCUCAUGUGCUCACCACUCUCUCUGCCAUCUCAUGUGCUCACCACUCUCUCUGCCAUCUCAUGUGCUCACCACUCUCUUUGCCAUCUCAUGUGCUCACCACUCUCUCUGCCAUCUCAUGUGCUCACCACUCUCUCUGCCAUCUCAUGUGCUCACCACUCUCUCUGCCAUCUCAUGUGCUCACCACCCUCUCUGCCAUAUCAUGCCUACCCGUCCCCUUCCCCUCCCCUCCAAUGCGCCCCCCUAAUCCACUAAUAAGCCACCCUCUCUGCCAUCUCAUGUGCUCACCACUCUCUCUGCCAUCCCAUGUGCUCACCACUCUCUCUGCCAUCUCAUGUGCUCACCACUCUCUCUGCCAUCCCAUGUGCUCACCACUCUCUUUGCCAUCUCAUGUGCUCACCACUCUCUCUGCCAUCUCAUGUGCUCACCACUCUCUCUGCCAUCCCAUGUGCUCAGCACUCUCUCUGCCAUCUCAUGUGAUCACCACUCUCUUUGCCAUCUCAUGUGCUCACCACUCUCUCUGCCAUCUCAUGUGCUCACCACUCUCUUUGCCAUCUCAUGUGCUCACCACUCUCUUUGCCAUCUCAUGUGCUCACCACUCUCUCUGCCAUCUCAUGUGCUCACCACUCUCUCUGCCAUCUCAUCCACCCUCUCUGCCAUCUCAUGUGCUCACCACUCUCUCUGCCAUCCCAUGUGCUCACCACUAUCUCUGCCAUCUCAUGUGCCCACCACUCUCUCUGCCAUCCCAUGUGCUCACCACUCUCUUUGCCAUCUCAUGUGCUCACCACUCUCUCUGCCAUCUCAUGUGCUCACCACUCUCUCUGCCAUCCCAUGUGCUCACCACUCUCUCUGCCAUCUCAUGCGCUCACCACUCUCUUUGCCAUCUCAUGUGCUCACCACUCUCUCUGCCAUCUCAUGUGAUCACCACUCUCUUUGCCAUCUCAUGUGCUCACCACUCUCUCUGCCAUCUCAUGUGCUCACCACUCUCUCUGCCAUCCCAUGUGCUCACCACUCUCUUUGCCAUCUCAUGUGCUCACCACUCUCUCUGCCAUCUCAUGUGCUCACCACUCUCUCUGCCAUUCCAUGUGCUCACCACUCUCUUUGCCAUCUCAUGUGAUCACCACUCUCUUUGCCAUCUCAUGUGCUCACCACUCUCUCUGCCAUCUCAUGUGCUCACCACUCUCUUUGCCAUCUCAUGUGCUCACCACUCUGUUUGCCAUCUCAUGUGCUCACCACUCUCUCUGCCAUCUCAUGUGCUCACCACUCUCUCUGCCAUCUCAUGUGCUCACCACCCUCUCUGCCAUAUCAUGCCUACCCGUCCCCUUCCCCUCCCCUCCAAUGCGCCCCCCUACUCCACUAAUAAGCCACCCUCUCUGCCAUCUCAUGUGCACACCACUCUCUCUGCCAUCCCAUGUGCUCACCACUAUCUCUGCCAUCUCAUGUGCCCACCACUCUCUCUGCCAUCCCAUGUGCUCACCACUCUCUUUGCCAUCUCAUGUGCUCACCACUCUCUCUGCCAUCUCAUGUGCUCACCACUCUCUCUGCCAUCCCAUGUGCUCACCACUCUCUCUGCCAUCUCAUGUGCUCACCACUCUCUUUGCCAUCUCAUGUGCUCACCACUCUCUCUGCCAUCUCAUGUGCUCACCACUCUCUUUGCCAUCUCAUGUGCUCACCACUCUCUCUGCCAUCUCAUGUGCUCACCACUCUCUCUGCCAUCUCAUGUGCUCACCACUCUCUCUGCCAUCCCAUGUGCUCACCACUCUCUUUGCCAUCUCAUGUGCUCACCAAUCUCUCUGCCAUCUCAUGUGCUCACCACUCUCUCUGCCCUCUCAUGUGCUCACCACUCUCUCUGCCAUCUCAUGUGCUCACCACACUCUUUGCCAUCUCAUGUGCUCACCACUCUCUCUGCCAUCUCAAGUGCUCACCACUCUCUUUGCCAUCUCAUGUGCUCACCACUCUCUCUGCCAUCUCAUGUGCUCACCACUCUCUCUGCCAUCUCAUGUGCUCACCACUCUCUUUGCCAUCUCAUGUGCUCACCACUCUCUCUGCCAUCUCAUGUGCUCACCACUCUCUCUGCCAUCUCAUGUGCUCACCACUCUCUCUGCCAUCUCAUGUGCUCACCACCCUCUCUGCCAUAUCAUGCCUACCCCACUCUCUCUGCCAUCUCAUGUGAUCACCACUCUCUUUGCCAUCUCAUGUGCUCACCACUCUCUCUGCCAUCUCAUGUGCUCACCACUCUCUUUGCCAUCUCAUGUGCUCACCACUCUCUUUGCCAUCUCAUGUGCUCACCACUCUCUCUGCCAUCUCAUGUGCUCACCACUCUCUCUGCCAUCUCAUGUGCUCACCACCCUCUCUGCCAUAUCAUGCCUACCCGUCCCCUUCCCCUCCCCUCCAAUGCGCCCCCCUACUCCACUAAUAAGCCACCCUCUCUGCCAUCUCAUGUGCUCACCACUCUCUCUGCCAUCCCAUGUGCUCACCACUAUCUCUGCCAUCUCAUGUGCCCACCACUCUCUCUGCCAUCCCAUGUGCUCACCACUCUCUUUGCCAUCUCAUGUGCUCACCACUCUCUCUGCCAUCUCAUGUGCUCACCACUCUCUCUGCCAUCCCAUGUGCUCACCACUCUCUCUGCCAUCUCAUGUGCUCACCACUCUCUUUGCCAUCUCAUGUGCUCACCACUCUCUCUGCCAUCUCAUGUGCUCACCACUCUCUUUGCCAUCUCAUGUGCUCACCACUCUCUCUGCCAUCUCAUGUGCUCACCACUCUCUCUGCCAUCCCAUGUGCUCACCACUCUCUUUGCCAUCUCAUGUGCUCACCACUCUCUCUGCCAUCUCAUGUGCUCACCAAUCUCUCUGCCAUCCCAUGUGCUCACCACUCUCUUUGCCAUCUCAUGUGAUCACCACUCUCUUUGCCAUCUCAUGUGCUCACCACUCUCUCUGCCAUCUCAUGUGCUCGCCAAUCUCUUUGCCAUCUCAUGUGCUCACCACUCUGUUUGCCAUCUCAUGUGCUCACCACUCUCUCUGCCAUCUCAUGUGCUCACCACUCUCUCUGCCAUCUCAUCCACCCUCUCUGCCAUCUCAUGUGCUCACCACUCUCUCUGCCAUCCCAUGUGCUCACCACUAUCUCUGCCAUCUCAUGUGCCCACCACUCUCUCUGCCAUCCCAUGUGCUCACCACUCUCUUUGCCAUCUCAUGUGCUCACCACUCUCUCUGCCAUCUCAUGUGCUCACCACUCUCUCUGCCAUCCCAUGUGCUCACCACUCUCUCUGCCAUCUCAUGUGCUCACCACUCUCUUUGCCAUCUCAUGUGCUCACCACUCUCUCUGCCAUCUCAUGUGCUCACCACUCUCUUUGCCAUCUCAUGUGCUCACCACUCUCUCUGCCAUCUCAUGUGCUCACCACUCUCUCUGCCAUCUCAUGUGCUCACCACUCUCUCUGCCAUCCCAUGUGCUCACAACUCUCUUUGCCAUCUCAUGUGCUCACCAAUCUCUCUGCCAUCUCAUGUGCUCACCACUCUCUCUGCCAUCCCAUGUGCUCACCACUCUCUCUGCCAUCUCAUGUGCUCACCACUCUCUUUGCCAUCUCAUGUGCUCACCACUCUCUCUGCCAUCUCAUGUGCUCACCACUCUCUUUGCCAUCUCAUGUGCUCACCACUCUCUCUGCCAUCUCAUGUGCUCACCACUCUCUCUGCCAUCUCAUGUGCUCACCACUCUCUCUGCCAUCUCAUGUGCUCACCACCCUCUCUGCCAUAUCAUGCUUACCCGUCCCCUUCCCCUCCCCUCCAAUGCGCCCCCCUACUCCACUAAUAAUCCACCCUCUCUGCCAUCUCAUGUGCUCACCACUCUCUCUGCCAUCCCAUGUGCUCACCACUCUCUCUGCCAUCUCAUGUGCUCACCACUCUCUCUGCCAUCCCAUGUGCUCACCACUCUCUUUGCCAUCUCAUGUGCUCAACACUCUCUCUGCCAUCUCAUGUGCUCACCACUCUCUCUGCCAUCCCAUGUGCUCACCACUCUCUCUGCCAUCCCAUGUGCUCACCACUCUCUUUGCCAUCUCAUGUGCUCACCACUCUCUCUGCCAUCUCAUGUGCUCACCACUCUCUUCGCCAUCUCAUGUGCUCACCACUCUCUCUGCCAUCUCAUGUGCUCACCACUCUCUCUGCCAUCUCAUGUGCUCACCACUCUCUCUGCCAUCCCAUGUGCUCACCACUCUCUUUGCCAUCUCAUGUGCUCACCACUCUCUCUGCCAUCUCAUGUGCUCACCACUCUCUCUGCCAUCCCAUGUGCUCACCACUCUCUCUGCCAUCUCAUGUGGUCACCACUCUCUUUGCCAUCUCAUGUGCUCACCUUUCUCUCGGCCAUCUCAUGUGCUCACCACUCUCUUUGCCAUCUCAUGUGCUCACCACUCUCUCUGGCAUCUCAUGUGCUCACCACUCUCUCUGCCAUCUCAUGUGCUCACCACUCUCUCUGCCAUCUCAUGUGCUCACCACUCUCUCUGCCAUCUCAUGUGCUCACCACCCUCUCUGCCAUAUCAUGCUUACCCGUCCCCUUCCUCCCCCUCCAAUGCGCCCCCCUACUCCACUAAUAAGCCACCCUCUCUGCCAUCUCAUGUGCUCACCACUCUCUCUGCCAUCCCAUGUGCUCACCACUCUCUUUGCCAUCUCAUGUGCUCACCACUCUCUCUGCCAUCUCAUGUGCUCACCACUUUCUUUGCCAUCUCAUGUGCUCACCACCCUUUCUGCCAUCUCAUGUGCUCACCACUCUCUCUGCCAUCCCAUGUGCUCACCACUCUCUCUGCCAUCUCAUGUGCUCAUCACUCUCUCUUUCAUCCCAUGUGCUCACCACUCUCUGUACCAUCUCAUGUGCUCACCACUCUCUCUGCCAUCCCAGUCGUCCUUGUGGCUGUGGGACUUUUAUCCCUCUCAUGCCAUCCUAAACCUGAUUCUUCCACCCCAUGCCAUCAUCAUCCUCUCCACCCUCUGAUGCCUUUCUCAACAUCCCUGCCCUACCAUGCCAUCAUCAACAUCCCUGCCCUACCAUGCCAUCAUCAACAUCCAUGCCCUCCCAUGCAAUCAUCAACAUAUCUGCCCUCCCAUACCAUCAUCAACAUCCCUGCCCUCCCAUGCCAUCAUCGACAUAUCUGCCCUCCCAUGCCAUCAUCAAAAUCCCUGCCCGCUCAUGCCAUCAUCGCCAUCUCUGCCCUUCCACGCCUCCAUCAAUCUCCAUGCCAUCCCAUGCCAUCAUCAUCCUCUCCACCCUCUGAUGCCUUUCUCAACAUCACUGCCCUCCCAUGCCAUCAUCAACAUCCCUGCCCUCCCAUGCCAUCAACAUAUCUGCCCUCCCAUGCCAUCAUCAACAUCCCUGCCCUCCCAUGCGAUCAUCAACAUAUCUGCCCUCCCAUGCCAUCAUCAACAUCCCUGCCCUCCCAUGCCAUCAUCAACAUAUCUGCCCUCCCAUGCCAUCAUCAACAUCCCUGCCCUCCCAUGCCAUCAUCAUCAUAUCUGCCCUCCCAUGCCAUCAUCAACAUCUUUGCCAUCCCAUGCCAUCAUCAAAAUCCCUGCCCGCUCAUGCCAUCAUAG